GGGUUUGCGCAUGCGCCACAUUUAUGUUGUUGUUUGUGGCGGUAAGAUGGCGGCGCUCGGAGACACCUCAGCUCCGGGGGUGAACGGGUUAAUUCAACAAUUCACAGCAAUAACAGGUAAAUAUGAGAAAAUACUUUGUGUUUCAUCUAUUGAAUAGGUUUCAGUUAUUCAACAGAGGUUGCUCAGUUGCCCAGCAAACCUCGAUUUUUGUGCGUAGAAAAGAAAAGGGACGUUAAGUCUCUGUGUGGCCCCUACGCUGUCAAUGCUUUGCAGAGGGAAAAACCACAACCAGUUAUCCGGCAAACUGAAGUAAAAGGUGUACUAAAUUGAGCUUAAAACAGUCUACUUUACAUUUUUUUCUAAAACAGCUGCUAAAAGAGGGCAGUUAGUGUUCUUGGUGCUUACUACAGACACAGUUUCCUGAGCUCUGGUAUGGUCGCUUUCUUUUUGCUUGUACGAUAGAGAGGAAUGGCUGUUCAACAUUUUCCCUCUUCAUCAUCAGCCCCAGCUUCAUGUUCAUGUUACAGUCAUCUUCACUCUUUCAUUUAGCGUUAACCACACUCCUGUUAGCACACAGUCCGUCUCUGACCACUUCUUCUAAAGUCCACAAUAGUUUUAGUGUGCUUUGAGUGGAUGGACAGUGCUCGAGUUUGAAGUUAUUUCACGGAGGAAAGAGGAGACUCAGUUCGGGGGCUGCAGCGCUGCUGGACUUGGAAAGUGAAACAGACAUGCGCAGUGAAUACGCAGAGGUCCCUUUAGCGAGGCUGUAAUGUACUGUUGCACUUUUAAGAUACUAAAGUAGGUUCACGCUUUGUUUUUGCCAAGCAGAAUACUUUCUCUGUUAAACUACAUGUCGAUAACAAAACAUUGGACAUGAACACCGUCCUAGUAUUUUCACGUGCUCAAGUCUGUCCAGCAGCAGUACCUCACGUUAGCGAAACACUCGCGAAAGAACUACAGUAUCACAAAAACACCACACGAUAAUCUGUUUAAUUUGGAGGAUGUUUUGAACAGACUUAGAUUAGAUAAGAUGGAAUUUAUUGUCAUUGUGACAAGCACAACGACAUUUCAGACAAUUACAGACAAUACUGUAUUCAAUACUGUAUCUAAGAUAGAUAGAUGGAUAGAUAGACUUUAUUGAUCCCAAACUGGGAAAUUCCCAUGUUACAGCAUCAAUAAAAACACUAAAUUAAAUUAAAUAUAAUAAGUAUGUACAAUACAGAGUAAAUAUAAUAAUUAUAUACAAUAAAUGCAGACUAAAUAUACUAAACAUCCUAAGAGGAAAAAGUGAGAUAUGAAAAAAAGUGGGCUAUCCACUUGUAGUACUAAUAUGAAAUGCGAAACACACAGAUGGGAUAAUAAAUAAACAAACAAUUUAAGGUGCUCAGUAAUGUGUUGUGGUAGGAGUUUUUAAAAAUAAGUAUGUCUUGUUAAUGUGGCAGUAAAAGUACACGGUUUUUAUGGUCUUUAUUUUGUGCAAUUUGAUUUUUAUUCACUUUUGUCCAUGCUGUAUCAUGGUCCUCCUCAAGUUCUUCUGAAUAUACUCUGAAUGCAGAGAUGCAAAUAAGUCAAAUUUUUCAUUUUCUGGUCUCCAUUGUGUGCAAUUUGAUAUUUUCUGUACACACAACUUUAGUAGUUGUUGUCUUCAGUAGUUCAUGUGCUCUGAAAUGCACUUUACUCAAUAUAAUUGGUGUAUUAAUGUAAAAGAUUUGAGUCUUUUAAAGAAAUAAAUUUGCUUGGUAUAAAAGUGAGUCACGACUUAAGGACCAUGAGAAAAUGUAGGUCCCAGAGUGAGAUCAGUUGAGAACCAUUGCUGUAUUAUUUGCUGGUUAAAUAUCAUACGCAAAGAUGUGUAACAGACUGCCGUGUAUGCAAUUUCAUAACACUGUAUUGACAAAAGCUAGUGUCCAUUUGAAUGACAGGGAGUGUCAUAACAGUUUAAUAUUUAAUAUACAUGCUGUUUACUCAACAGGCCAAAAACCUGGAUUAAUCAGUAUGAUAUUUUAUUAUUUUAUAAAUUUACGACUUCAAAUAAGUUUUUCUUUAGUCUAGCCAAUCAUUUACAAAGCAACAUUAGUCUGCUUAACUGUUAAAUAAACAGCACUAUAGGCUAACAAGUCAUGAAAAUAACUCAAUGACUGUUUUGCUGAAUACUUUACAAUGUUUCUUUGUCAGUUUAAGCCAAAUGCUAGCCUGUACAUUUAUUAUUCUGUCAACUCCAGAUUCUUUAGCACAGACCUAAACCAACGUUGGUCAGGUCUAUGUUCUCAAAACACAAUACAAUGUAUAAAAUAGGGCUGCAUGAAACUGGCCACAAUGACAGUAGCAAAUGUUUUGCUCAAAAGUAUUUCACAAUUAUAACGGACUUCUUUCACGCCAACUUCUAGACUUUUUAUUUGUUUGUUGUGUGGUUCAAGAACUUUUAUAUAAUGUGCUUCUUACCUAUCAACAGAGCUGGGCUGAGACACAAAAAGUCAGUUUUAGUUGUAAUUCUAAAACUAGUCAAAAAUUGUGAUAAAGCUUUAAUUUUAUAAGAUUAAAUUUAUUGACAAUACCUGAACUGACACCCUUUUUUCACAGCAGAGUUACAGAGGCGACCUAUCACAGUCUUUUAGCUGUCGUCUUUAAAAUGAAAAGACUUACACAGUUAUCAUCACGUACUGUGUAUAUGGCUUUCCGUUCAGCUUGGCAUUUAUUAGCUUGUGAUGCUAACUCUGCCCCUUUGCUUUAUUAACACAUGCUUGAUCCUCCUAUUGUCAGCCUGCUUAUUGUGACAAGUGCUUUCUUGCACUCCCAGUUCUGGAUCAUUUACUUUGGGUGCAGCACACAUUUCAUUUGGCAAUAAUGAAUGUUUGUUAGUCGUGUCCUUUUCUACAUGGGGAGGCCACAUCUGUUAUUGCAAGUGAAAUUUAAUCAACUUUAAGAACAUGAAACAUUGAAUUUUUGGAUAGUUUUUCAAAAUUGAGGAUGGCAGUAUUGUACCCAUGAUCCAUGGCUACAGUUUCCAGUAUGUAAAAGUGUAUCAUCUCAUGUUUAGAAUCAGAUACUUUGAUUUAAAGCAAUGGCUCUGUAAACUUCAGUUUCUGUUAUGAAACUGAUGAUAUAUGGUUAAAAUGAUAGCUUUAUCUUUCCAGGAAUGACAUUGAUCGUGUGGGUUUGAAUGCAUAUGUCCCACCUCAUUUGUAGGGGCCACAGAGAGCGUAGGAAAACAUAUGUUAGAGGCAUGCAACAACAACCUUGAGAUGGCGGUGACCAUGUUUCUGGAUGGAGGAGGGAUUGCAGAAGAGCCCAGCACGAGCUCCAGUUCAGCAGCCUCAAGCAGCAGAGCUCCCCCUUCAGAGUAAGCCCAUAUUUUUUGUCUUUUACAAACUCAAGUUAAAAUUAAAAACCAAUUAUCCUCAGAUCUCUUCAUGUGUUUCUUUAUUUUUCAGUGAAGUUCGAGCACCUAUUCCUCAGAAACAGGAUAUAUUGGUUGAACCAGAACCACUCUUUGGAGGUAUUACUCAUCCUCUUCUCUGAUUUCACCUCAUGCAAGAUGAUCUCAAUGUAAACUGAUGUUACCAAUGCUAUGUGUCUGUUCCACAUACAGUGCCCAAACGAAGAAGACCUGCGCGAUCAAUAUUUGAUGGCUUCAGAGACUUCCAAACAGAAACAAGUGGGUGAAUUCACGCUUUCUAAAAAUGUGGUUGGCUGCAAAUUUGCUACAGCUUAAAGCUUCAGAAUCACCAAGUCAAUCAGCCUUUAACAUCGGGACCUGUAACAACAUCGGGUGUUGUUGUUUUUUUUUCUAGUUCGCCAGGAACAGGAGCUGCGCAAUGGUGGAACAGUGGAUAAGAAACUGAGCACCCUGGCAGACCUUUUCCGCCCUCCCAUUGAGCUCAUGCACAAAGGCAGCUUUGAGACGGUGAGGAAUCACUCACAGGACACGUUGCACCACCCAUCUUUAUUCAGAUUAUGGGAACUUUACAAAUUGCAGAGACUGAUUGUGGUGGUUUUGCCAUGUACAGCAUGGAAGUAUAGAAGUAUGCAGGUUGAAAUCCUGACAUUAUGCAUUGUCCCUCCCCUUGUGGUUACAAGUGCAGCAUCAGGACAUAUAAAAUGCUGGUGUUGUUUAAAAUGAAAACCUGCAUUUUAACUGUCAUGGCAUGUUUUUUUUUUCUUCCCUAAUUCAUUAUUUCUGUUUAUUGUCUUUCAAGGCAAAAGACUGUGGACAGUUGGAGAACAAGUGGCUUAUGAUCAACAUACAAAAUGUUCAAGACUUUGCCUGCCAGUGUCUAAAUAGGGAUGUUUGGAGCAACGAUGCAGUGAAGACCAUCAUCAGAGAGCACUUCAUAUUCUGGCAGGUAUGCACUUUCAGAUCUCGGGGUCAUUCACCGCCUCUGGUCUUUGGUUUCUUUAAACUUUGUUUUGAAGUCCCCUGCAGUGAUUUAAGCAUUAUAGUCAUAAACAGGGAGAUCCUGUUAAACUUGAAUAUGGAUAUGAGUAAUUUGUGAAGAACCAAAAAAAUCAUUUUAGGGACGGAGCCUGAUCCAAAUGUAUGUGUGAACUGGUGCUGUACUGUUCCUUCAGAUGUAGAGGAAAAGGUGACAGUUUAUCUCCCAGCAGAACGUCUCGGUUAAAAGAACUUGUAUGCAGCAUGUAUUCCCCCACUAUUUGCUCCCUCGGCUGUCCUGUUUAUAAAGGCAAAAAAAAAUGCUCAAAAACAUAACUUAAAAAAAUAUGUCAGUGUCAAUCAUUUCACAAUGUUCGCUGAUAUGUGCCUGGCCUUUGUGUGUGUCAUGACUUGAAGUGACCACACAGGGGGGGCAAAGCGUUAAAGCAUUAUUUGUUGUCUCUGACGUGUACCUGUCAAGUCUUGUUUUUGAAUGUAUUGUAUGUAUGGUCCGAGUAGACUGCGAAGCAAAUUGCCCCUUGAAGUAAACAAAGUUAUCUGAACUGAGCUAAAGUACAUGUAGGUCACUUGUAAGCACACCAGAGCUACUAGUGCUGAAAUGUUGCUAAAAAGGCGAUUUAAUUAUUUCAAAAGCACGACCAUAUUCCACAUGUAAGUUUUAUGUUGAUAAAAGAGAGGGUCAUCAUUUUACAUUAUCUUAAUUUGUCAUUGAAAGGUUAUUGGAUGGAUAUGAGGUGAGGGGCAAUCCUGCUUUUUCAUCACAUGCCAGUCACAUCCAUGUGUUAAAUUAUACAUGAUGGUAUAAUGCUGCUGCAUUAGGCAUGGACUCCCAAACCUUUUCAAGAAAGCAAAGAAGGAAGUGCACAUCAAGCUGUUUUUGUUCACAGACAAGAGGAUUGAGAAAAAGUGUUUGGAAGUUAGUCUAAAGUGUUUUCUUGACUGUAUUUGUUUCAUAGAGUGAACUAGUUUUAACUCUGCCAAUUGAAAUUGUCAUUUGAAAGAAUUUUUCAUUAGCUGGAGAAAAAAAGAAACUUCUCAGAGCUGUUAAGAUAUUUUGAUGUUUGUUUGAUUUUAUCAAACAAUGUCCUGCUCAGUGUCGAGCGGCACUUACCCCAGAUUUCACUCUGCUCAUAACUAGCUCCAACAUCGAUGCAUAGAGCCCUCUUCUUCCUUGCCUUAAAACAGUGGUUCUCAAUCCAGUCCUCAAGCGCCCCCCCUGUCCUGCAUGUUUUGGAUGUUUCCCUGCCAACACACCUGAUUCAAAUGAUCAGCUCGUUAUCAAGCUCUGUAAUGGCUUAAUAACGAGCUGAUCAUUUGAAUCAGGUGUGUUGGAGCAGGGAAACGUCUAGGACAGGGGGAGCUUGAGGACUGGAUUGAGAACCACUGCCUUAAAACAACAUCAUUAUCAGGAAACCAAUAUGUAUUGACAAUAAAACUGACAAACAUUCUGUCAAAAUUUUGGAUUUGUUAUGUGAAAAACGUUGCUUUAGUGCCUUUAGCUAAUGUUUAAUUGAAACCAAGUGGGAAAGACACGCCAGCAGUGUAGCUAAAGUAGCACACUUUUUAAUUUAGUAAGUUUAUGAUGCAAAUAAUUGGAUCAUCGUUGAAUAUCAGCACCAUUAACUGAUGCUUGGUCUACUCCUAAAGUCCAAAUCUAGUGUUGCUAACGUUCACUUACAUGUCUCAUCCUUGUGUGUGAUCUUUUGAUGACAGGUAUAUCACGAUAGUGAAGAGGGGCAAAGAUACAUCCAGUUCUAUAAGCUGAACAAGUUCCCCUAUAUUUCUAUCCUGGAUCCUCGUACAGGUGAGUAUGAGAAGUCGGCUGCAGCAUCAUCAGCAGAACCGAUUUCUCCCUUUUCUUUAAGUGGAACAAUUUUCAGAAAAAGUGGCCUUAAGACGUAACUGUGUGAUUCAUGUCUCGUUCACUCAUCAGGUCAGAAAAUGGUGGAGUGGAACCAGUUAGAUGUGGCGUCGUUUCUGGAGCAGGCGACUGGAUUUCUCGCAGAGCACGGGCAGCUCGAUGGGCCUUCCUGCCACGCACCCCCUGCCAAACGAGCACGCUCUGUGGGUCCCCUAUCUCACGUAGAGCCGUUAAAUGUAGCUUCUUCUCUGUUUUUUCUUCCCAACCUCAAAAAAACCUUCAUUUCUUGUAAAAUAUCACAUAUUUAAAAUUCUUUCAGUAGCUUCAUGUAGGAUUGUUUACUGAUAAGUUCCCAAAUCUGCAUGUACCCUGUCAUUUCAAGCACCAUAAUUCAUCCUAAAAUGUUACUUAAAUGAUCAUCUAUGUAGUUGUCAUUUAAGCAUAUAUGGAAUCAUGCUAGUAUCACAUAUCCACGAGUAAAAGCACAACAAACUUUAUACAUUCUUGUUUUAUUUCCCCCAGCUCUUCAAAUGUUUCCAACAGCCACACACUUCUUUUUUCCUCUUCUAGGAGAGUCUGAUUGAUGCCAGUGAGGACAGUCAGCUGGAGGCGGCAAUCCGGGCUUCUUUACAGGAAACUCACUACGAGUCCUCAAGUGCCCCUGAAGCCCCUGAUUCCCCCCGAUCAGACGAUGAAUCAGACGCAGAGCCUUUCUCCGACAGCGAGGGUCCUAUCUCUGUCGACGGCUCAGACAGUGAAACGCCAGGACCCCACGAAGAGAAAAGUUCCACCAGCAAACACAUCCCUAUUCCCCCGACCAAAGCAGCCCAGCAGCGUCUACACCCCGAUAGUUCCUCUUCCUCGUCUUCCCUCAGAAAGUCUCCGUACAAAGAAAACAACCACAGUCACAAGAAAGAGGAAAGCAAAAAGAACCAUCUGGAGCCCUCACCUGCUGGUCCUCUGCAUCGAAAGUCGGACACAGACUCUGGAGGGAACCAUUGUUCUCCUGCGGCUGAAAGCGCCGGACCGUCCAAGACUGGCACUAUCAAAACCGCAUGUGAAGAGGACUUUCCUGAUGACGACAGUAAGUCAGUGUGUCACCUGGAACCUAAAACAUAUUCUCAGGGGUUAUGGUGGACGGUCGUUUGAGCCCUUUUUACAAAGUAGUGACGGCUAGAGCACAUCUAUACAUCCAAAUAGAGUUUUCUUUUCAGUGCAACAGCAAAUGUUGAAUUUUAAGAGAUUUAACAGCAAUAAGGUACACAAGUUUAAGCACCAGAUUCCAAAGGUGAUCCAUUGGAUAUCAUAACAGCCAUAGAGUAUGUUAUUUCAGCUCAGUCUUCCCCUUCAACAGCCUACAGGUUGUACUUCGUAAACGUAUCUAGUGGACCGGGGGUUGAGUCCUUAUAUCGCAAAAACAAUGGAAGCCAAACUCCUGCUUCAAAGUCCCACUCAGCAUCUCUGUUUUUUACUUAACAGUGAAGAAGGGCAAUCGUAAAAACAGUGUGGCAGGUUACUCUGGUUGUUGAGCAGUGCAGGCCGUACAGACAUUGUCGGCGGGUAGGUCAAAAAUGAAUUGGCUUUCUAACUGUGAAGUAAAACGCUGAAAUUUUUCCAAAACAAGCUACACUUUGACCGAGAAUAGAACUUUGGUUGGAGAUUGUUAAAAUUAGCUAAAUAAAGGAGUCGUGCUGAUCUGGAUACAAUGUGGCUAAUACACUUACUAUUAUUAAGCAGUACCCGACCGAUUUAUCGGCGAGCUGAUUAAAUCGGCCAAUUUUAGCCUGUUUGAGACUAAUCGGUAAUUGGCCAAAACUCGCCGAUAUUUUCAGAAAUAAAAUGCGGAGAAUAAGAUUUGGUUUCACUUUGAAACUGUUCCGCCAUUUGAAAAGAUCCCCGACUGAUCCUGUAGUUGGCGCAGCGACCUCAUGACAAUCUUCAUCCACUAACUACCAGCAGAGUGACGGAUCUGAAAUAGGCAGCUCAGGGACGCACGGAUAAGAGUGGUCCGCAUCAACGGUAAAUAAACCAGUUUGUGAAAUACACAAUAAGUCGACAAGUUUCCGUUCAACCCACUUCACGAUGUUACCACUGUGCUGGUCGUGGUCACGCUGAGUUAUAGUCACAAUAUAUAUAUUUUUUAUAACUUAAUAAAAAAAAAUGUAAAAACCGUCGAUUAAUCAGUUAUCGGACCCCCCCACCCCCCCAAUAAUCGUUAUUGGCAUCGGCCCCCAAAAAUUCCUAUUGUUCGGGCCCUGAUAUUAAGUACUCAGUGCACCCCUAGUUCAAAAAUCCUGACUAUCCCUUUAACCAUAGGUUUCCCCUAUUGGCUGUAGAUAGGGAGUAUAAGCCUGUUAUAAAAUUUUUGUACUUUUAUUACUUACAAGGAAGACCGUGACUGCCACAUGGGGCUGUCAUCACCCUACAAAGCCAUGAUUGAUUUAGUCAUGCACACGACACGAGAGAUAUUAAUUAUAGAUUAGGCUUAAAAGAUGACAUCAGUAGCUUUUUAUUCACAACAGAGGAGGUUAUGGAUAGUGCCCUUGUUUUUAUUGCAGAAUACUUUUUUUGUUCUAGUCACUCCAUUUAUUCACUCAAUAGUUUCAUUGAUUGAACAAAAAAAUAAACAUUGACCAUCUUGUUUUUUUGUUUGUUUUUUUUUUCUCCCACAGGUCCCAAAGCCAGGUUGAUGCUUCGUUAUCCAGAUGGACAGAGAGAACAAAUAUCCUUGUCUUCUAAAGCAAAACUUUUGGUAAGAAUAGAAAAAUCACAACAUUUUAAAAGGCCGGUUAAUGAUUUGGGUAAAUAUACAUUUCAUUGCCCAAAAGAAAGACAGUCUUUUUUUUUUUAAGUUUAGCCACUGCUCCAGACCUGAGACUCUUCCCAACACGUUGCAGAAAAAUAAAAAGUAUAUUUUUGAAAAUGUCUGACUGAUGCUUGAAGUGGAAUGAAGGUGAAAGAUGAAACUCAGUUACCAGUUACACUUCAGGACUGAUCAUCUCUUUCUCUCUCCUUCAAGGCCCUGGUAAGACAUGUCCAGUCCAAAGGCUACCCUAAUGAACGCUUUGAACUCGUCACCAACUUCCCGAGGAGGAAGCUUGCCCACUUGGACUAUGACAUCACUCUACAGGAGGCGGGGCUUUGUCCACAGGAGACUGUAUUUGUUCAGGAAAGGAACUAGCCUUGUCAGACACACCCACUCUUGCUUGUCUGUAUCUCUCUGAUAGACCUCACCUUUUCACAGAUGAUCCAAGACGAUGUUACCAGCCUUGAUCCUAUAACCUUCUGUUCUCUGGGAAUUUGGCCCUGUUCUUUUCAUGACAGCUCUCAGUGGAUGGACUACUUUCCCUGCCACAUCAUUUGUCUAAAUCCUGAUGUCCCUACUGACAUCCUUCUCCCUUUGUAGUGCUUUACAAUUGGCCAGUAAUAUUUCACAGAUGCCGGGAGUCUUACAUUUUCUUAAGUGAUUCAUUAUUUCCUGAUGCCAGCUUCAUUUUGUUUCAAAAACUGAGGCACAUCAGAGUAGAAAAUACCACAGAGAAAUGAAAUAGAACAAAUAAUUUCCCUAAUAAUUAUUGAUGAUGAUGAUGCACUGCAAAUUUGUACAAAAAAAAAAAACGAUAAAUGUCAAGAGUGGAUUUUCAAGCUCCUCUUGUGACUCUCUAUACCUGGCGAACAGUGAUCCAAAAUAGUGUCUCUCAUAUGGUCAUUGGUUGGGAGAUGGGGCUAUUAAUAGUAAAGGCCAGAAAACUACCAGACAAAAGACCUCUCUUGUCGGACAUCUGUGGCACGCUCAUCAUGUAAAUCGGAGAAUUCUGGUUGAUCUGCACAUUUUUACUCAAGUUUCUAUUGGUUUAUUAGAGACUAGUAGAUUGUUUUUGGAUUUCAACUUUUGAUACAGAAGGGAAUGAAUGGAAGGUGAUACAUCUCAUCAGUCGGACCUACACUGUACAGAAAUGGCUUAAAGACUGAUUUAGCUGUAGUCAUUGUUUCCUCUCUUUUUUAUAUGCCGCCAAGAAAAUAUGCUGAUGUUGAAAUAUAACCACCAAAACCGAGGGA